AUAUAUAGACAUUUAUUACUAUCCUUUAUGUUAAUAAAUUUUCUUUUUUUUGGACCCUGGCCUGCGUUUGGGUUCUCCUUCCCAGCACCCUCAUCUGUUUCACUGAUAAGGAUAAACAAAUGUGUUCAAUGGGACUCUGAUCCUUCUAUGGUUGUUGGUACCAAAUGGACUUCAGAAACUGAUGUGACUUUAUUGUGAGUUUUUAAUUUUUCUUUUUUCCCCUAAAAGAUUUUUGAUUGUUUUUCACUUUGUUUUCUUUUCAUUUGCAGAUUGCAGCUUAGAAAAAAAUCUGAAAUGAGUGACUUUGGUAUGAUUCUUUUGUCACAAAAUCCUGCCAUUUUAAAAGGGGUGUGUAACAAUUUUUAUAGCCUCUGUUUAAAUUACUGUAUCCUCCCUAGAGGCUCGAACCAACCAACAAGGUGAUUCCACCCACAGAACUGUUGCUCGCUCUGAGUUUUAUUAGCACUAUUCUGUGUAACUCUAGACCAGGCCACGGUUACAGUCACAGAGAUCAGACUAUUUCCCCAUUCUGAUGUUUGAUGUGAACAUAAAGCUCUGGAAUUGUAUCUGCUUGUUUAUAGAUAUCACACCACUGCUGCUGCAUGAUUGGCUGAUUGGAUAACUGGUUGAAUGUCCCUAAUAAAUUGGACAGUGAAUUUAUUGCCAGAUGCACCACAGUCAGCUAUGACAUGAACUUGGAUACAUAUCACAAAUGAGCAAAAAUUCAAGAUAAAGUUCAUACCUUCUAGGGAGAACCUGAGAGCUGGAGGUAUGAGAACCCACAAGGCUCAAACUGAGGAUUUAGCCUCGUUGUCCUCUCAGCGUUUGCCAUGCUUCAGUCUGCGCUCCAGGAAGAAUAAAGGUGGGGUAGUACAGGGUAAGGUGCGCAUCCGCUCCAUGCCGGGGGCGUUUCUGGUGCUGGGGAUAAUAGUGGUGAUUGUUGGCACCACACUGGCAGUGGUGGGGUAUUGGCCGUAUCGUGUGCAAAGAUCAGAAGUAGGUUCUGUUAGUAAAAGCCCCUCUCAGGGAUCAAGCUGGGGCCUUGGAGCCAAAGGACUGUUCUCAACGGCGAGUCUGAUUCACACAGACAGAAUGAAAUUGGUAGGUCCUGUUAUUAUGGGAGUGGGACUAUUUAUUCUCAUCUGCGCUAACACAGUCCUAUAUGAGAAUCGAGACAAAGAGACUCAAAUUCUUCUGUCUGAGAUGCAGAGCAUGAUGUGCACCAUGUCUAGUGUGCCGUCAACAGACUUCACCCAAGUAAACUCUCUGAUCAGGCACUACCACUGGGUCGGCAGCCUUCCUGCAGCCCACUUGAACAUCUUGUGCCUUAAAGAGAUGGCCUCCUCUGAUCCGCUGCUGCAGGCCAAGACCACAAAGGAAGACAGAAUUUCACUUCAGAAAGAAGUGAUGCACACGGAGAUACUUUGCCAUCAAGAGUCUUUAUUCAUCUCCUCGAUUCAUUUAUCAGACCCCUUGAACUCCAGCAAAGGAGACAUGAGCACUCACCUGGAUGUAGAAAAGGGACAGGUCUGUGGCCACCAGCCCCAACCAAAGAGUCACUGUAACCUCAGCAAAUACCUGACUUCAUCUUGUAUGUCUGCCCCAGAGGGGGAGGACUGGGUCUUAAACACAGUCCCUCCGAGGCGCUCUUACAGCAUGAGUUAUAGAACUAGCUCACACACAUUGUCCAAGUCCUUAGUACAGUUGGAGGAAAGGGCAGUGCAAAACACACGAUGCCUUAAACAGUUCCCACAAUCAUGCAUCUCUGAGAUAUGUGUGAAUCAGCCAAGCAUUAACAUAAAACCUCUUGACUUGGACCUGGCACCUUUGGAGGGUCAGAAGCACCACAGCUGGCCAUGACCUUAUCUUGGAUAUGCCUUGAUGCAUCUCAAACUAUCCGAGCAUCUGGAAUGGAUUUUCCCUUUAGAUCGAAUGAUUUCAGAUCAUUUGCUUGAACUCUAAAUCUAAGCUAAAAUGGAGCUAAAAUCUGUGGAGUAUAAAGACAUGCUGUGGCCAGCACCUAUUAUAUAUUAACAGGCCUGUUGGACAAAUGUAUUGGAAAGGAAAUGCAGCAUUGUGUCACCAAAGACAACAAAAAGCCCCAUUUCUCAGUUUCUUAAUGUAGCCAAACAUUUGCUUCUUUCCAGGAUGCCUUCCAGGGAACUUCUCCGCCUGGGUUCCAGACUGAUGUGACCUUUACACUAUGAUCUAGUGAACUAGCAUGAGGUUGUGUUUUUUAAAGACUUCUGUUAGAUGCUGUGGAUAAAAGUUUCUCUGCUGUAAAUGUAACUGUAUCAGAUAUAAAAAAAAAAACUUGUGUAUAAACAUCAAUGUUAUAUAUAAAUAUAUAUAUAUAUAUAUAUAUAUAUAUAUAUAUAUAUAUAUAUAUAUAUAUAUAUAUAUAUAGGAUUGUUUAUCUAAUCAUAGACAAAGAAGACAACUGUAGCUUUGGUUCACUAUCAUUUCCUCAUCAUUUCAUUCGUGACCCAUGAACCAGACUCCUAAAGCUAUCUCUGUAAGCUUUAAAGGGAGGGGAAGAUACACAUCUCAUUGGCAUGGUUAUUAAAGUACACCCUGAAUAUUUUAUAAAUUGUUGCUAAAGGCUUAAUUUUAUUUCAUUUUACACUGUGAAAUACUCACUCAUUUUCUACCGCUUUAUCCAAACUACCUCGUUUCACGGGGAGCCUGUGCCUAUCUC